AUCGCUCGCAUCCCGAAGCGCGAAUCGUCUGAUCGAUCUGACGUGAAUCGAAUCCGCGAAUACGCUCGUAGCUAUUCGUGGCUAUUCGCGAUCGCGACGGGAGCGAGACCCCCAACCUCGUAUAUGAUGACGCCAUGAUCUACGUCGUCGUGUCACAGCGCGGAUCGUAGACAGCGGGAUCAAUUCGCCACCAGAGAGCGACCCCCUUUCUUCUUUUUUUAUUAUAAUUAUGAGUGUCAUUGGCCCGGAAUCUUAACCACCGGACGCGCAAAUACAGCAGCGAACACCGUUCGUCUCUGGUAAAUUGCUCGCAUCGCGAAUCGCGCAUAGAGCACGUCGUGCGUGUAUUAUCGACAAAUAGAGGAGACGGUGUGGAGAUAAAAACGGCGCUUUAUUAAGGUGUGUUCUCGCGCGAAGAAAUGUCCGUCCCUCAGGCUCGCGCGUGAACAUCUCGGAAGGAUUUAGCGGGAGAAUUGUCGUGUGUCACGAGACUCGUCGACGUGGGGGUGCACCGGUCCCCAGUUGACGGGACUACUUCAUUAUUUCUUCUGGAUAUUUUCUCAUCUGUGCUUCAAAAACGGGCGAUUCUUCUCUCCCCACCUGCCCGCGCGCGAAUGACACAUCUCGAUGGAACGAUCCAAAAUCGUAAAUCGUAAAUAUAAUGAAGAUAAUAAGAAUGUCUGUGCCACCUCCACCACCGCCUCCACAGGCUGCUGCCUCUGGCCCACCAGUGGGAGACAACAGAAAUUUACUGCUACAGUCCAUAAGGGCAGGUAAAACUUUGAAGAAGACUGUUACUGUGGACAAAAGCGCACCUGCUAUUGCUGGGAAAGUUAAAGGAGAAUCAAUAAGCCCAUCGUUGAGCAGUAAUAGUAGAACUAAUAGUUCUAAUGCAGCAAUAAGUAGCAGUAAUGGUGGACCCAUGUCCCUGGGUGGUUUAUUCGCGGGUGGAAUGCCGAAAUUAAAACCUACAGGAUUAAGAGGGAAUAUGACCGAGAAAGAGGGACAAAAUGUACAUAACUCUAGCUUUCUUCAUUCAUCGCCUGGAUCUUCUCAUAGUAUGAAGCGUGGUCCCCCUCCGAUCCCGCCACCAGCCGCGCAGAAACCACAGAUAUUUAGUCAGGGACAAAGUACCACAGAUUCCGCAACAAGCAAUUCAGACACUAUGCCCAGAGGAUUCGCGAAAUCAGCCACUGUGCCUAAACCAGUGCCGUCGCCUAGUCUGCAGAAACCGUCGCCGCCGCCUAAGAAGUUAAAUCUGACAAGUAGCGUAACCAGCGUAGCUAGGGCGCAGAGCAUGCGUCUACCGCGUUCGCCACCGGUUCUGAUGUCGACAACGCCAUCUUCCUUACAUCAAUCGCAGGAUUGUCUAAACGAGACGAUCGUACCACAACCCACAGCGAGACCAACGAUGAAUCGAGUUCUCAGGCCGCCGGUAACAAGACCCCCAUCGCCACCAAUCUCGCGGUCGGCGAGUAUUGUGCCCACGACGAAACCACCGUCGCCGUCGACCCCGCGGUCAUCGAGUACCAUGCCUGUCAUGAGAGCGGCACCGCCGCCGCCAUCGAGAGUCACAGUUACUGCGCCGUGCAUACCGCCUCCGCCUCCGCCGCUUCCUCAUCGUCCUGCUCCUACACAUCAAAGACUAGCACCGCCGCCGCCGCCACCUCCGACUCCACCUACGAGGAGUCUCUCAGUACGCAACGGCGGCGGUCAAGCCGCGGCGAGUUCCGUUGACCUAGAGGUGCGAUUCGCCGAGAUGUUUCACGCCGCAUCUAAUUUACCACCCCCAGAACCGUUUAAGGGUUUUGUCAAGAUUUAUAGUAGCAGGAAUGCAGCAAAGCAACAAGCUCCAGCUCCACCUCUUCAAUCGUCUUCUACCCCUAGUACACUGCAUUCGUUAAAUACUUCAUCUGGAAGUAAACAGUGGCAACAUAAUGCGACUUCUUUGGCAUAUUAAAAACAUCAUCUGUGUAUACUUAAAUCAUUGCUUUAAGCAUUGAUUAUUGUUUAAAAACUUCUCGAUGCUGCCACACAAUAAAAUAUUAAAUUAAGUGUGCAUGGAAAGAAUGAAUCAGCAAAGCAUAAGAGUUUCCGAGAAAGUGAGGUCUUAAAUUUGCGAGCCCAGUUAUACAAUAAAAUGUUUUAGACAAUAUUUUCUGUACAGUUUAUCUUAGGAAAAUCUAUUUAAUAUAGAUUAUACUUAUAUAUAUAAUAUAUAUUAUAUAUAUAUAUAUAU